AUGGCCGCUGCCGAAGCCGUGCCUUUUGUCGUACCCCCCGUCAAAGAAUGCUCAACGUCACUACCCACGUCACUGCCGCCUAGCAAUGUCGCGACACCACUGCCCGUCGAACACCGCGGACAAACACCCCUCGACCCGAGACGAUUAACAAAGUCGCCGCUCCUGCGGCUUCCUCCGGAGCUCCGCACCCUCAUCUACGCCUACCUGACUCCGGCGCAAACCAUCUCGUACCCGCUGGGGCCGAACACGGCCAUCAGCGCACUGUCGCACCGCCCGCCGCCGCGCGCCCUGCUGCUGACGUGUCGCCUGCUGGCCUGCGAAGCGCUCGACCACUUCUACCGCGUCGCGCGCUUCCGCAUCAUGCUCAACCCGCCCGCCCCGCUGGCCGACCCGCACUUCCAGCGCCUGGCUCACCUGCCGCAGCUGCGCCGCAUCCGCAACCUCAACGUGCUGCUCGACUGGGACCUUCCCAAGGUGCCGUCGUACGCCCGUGAUGCCGGUGCCGCCGGCUUCGAGUUUGGCCUGGAGGCCGGGGUGCCGUUUUUCAGGCAUGUCAUGGACCGGGGACGCUGUGCGGAUAUGAUGAGGCUGGCCAAGAGGUUGGUUGGUGUGUUGGAUGCGGCGAGGGAGUUGAGGGGCCUCUGCGUCAGUUGGACGGAUCUAGUCGAGGGCUACUGGGACGAGAAGAAAGCAGUGCUGGAAGUGUUGGUGGGGGCAUUGAGCGCGAGGGGCGUGAAGAUUGUAAGAGGGGAUAUAAUUGCAUCGAAUGAGAAGGAAGCCCAGAAGCUGUUCGAUGGAUGGGAGGUCGCAGCAGAGGGGAGAAGGUGA